AGAAGAAAAAAUGCAAAAUAUAGUGGUUUUACAUAUAGCUAUAUCUCAAAUGAUAACCUGCAAGAAGGUUCAUGUUUUCCGCCCAAUCGUCCUAAAAUGUACAACUAGAAUUGACGAGCAACAAUUUUUUGUCUUUUUUUUCAAUCCCCAAAGCACCAUCCAUCAAACCACAGAACCCUACAAAUUAAGCUUUUUCCCAAUCUUUGUCACUUGCAUCCUCCUUUAUCUGUUCUCUCGAAGUUCUUUUCUAGCGAAUCGUGUUCAUGAUCUGAACAUGGACAAAAACUCUAUUUAUAUUCUAACUUAGCUUUGAAACUCAUAUCAGGAGCCACAUAAUAAUCUUUUUUAUGUCAAGAAAAAGAUUCGACCUUUCUAUCGGAAGCAGAUGAAAAACACAAAAGUUCGGAAGAACUUCUGUACUUUCUCUCGGCAUAUCUUCAAAAAUUCGUCAGACGUGCUGUAGGAGAACUAUCUUCAAGUUUUUGGUCCACACCCCAAAUGAUUCUCAGUUUUUCUCAACGGAUUUUAAGUUCUUUCAUCAGUGUAGUAUAUAUGCUCGAAUCUUACAUGGUGAAGUUAUAGUUGAUAUCCAUGGAAUCGUCUGACCCACCAUUUCAGGAGUUCUACAAGAAAUUAUUUGAAAGCCAUGCAAGGAAUAAGAACGAUUUCAUGAUUUUAGAUGUAGCAGAAGAAAGAGAACUUCCAAUGAUCGAUCUUGGUGUGGAGGAGGAAAAAUGCAAGAUGGAGAUAGCCAAAGCCUCGCAAGAAUGGGGAUUUUUUCAAGUGAUUAAUCAUGGGGUCUCGUUGGAUGUUUUGGAGAAGAUGAGAUGUGAACAGGUGAGGUUGUUCCAUAGACCUUUUCAUGAGAAGACCAAAGAGGGAAGCGAAAAGUUUAAUUUUCUUGCGGGGAGUUACCAGUGGGGGACUCCUUCGGCCACCUGCCUCAGGCAACUGUCAUGGUCCGAAGCUUUUCAUGUACCACUUGCCGGCAUUUCUACAACGGAUGAUAUCUCUACUCUCAGCAUAACAACAAAAGAAGUUGCAACCAACAUUUCUAAUCUAGCACAAAAAAUAGCUGGAAUUUUAGCCAAACAAUUAGGCCAUAAACCAAAUUUCUUUGAGAGAGAUUGUUCUACUACCAGUUGCUAUCUUCGACUGAAUCGAUAUCCUGCUUGCCCUAUUUCUCUAGAAGUGUUUGGAUUGAUGCCACACACUGACAGUGAUUUCCUGACCAUCUUACAUCAAGAUCAAAUUGGAGGAUUACAGUUAGUAAAAGAUGGGAGAUGGAUUUCUAUUAAACCAAAUCCAGAAGCUCUAAUCAUUAAUAUCGGAGAUCUUUUUCAGGCUUGGAGUAACAAUAUUUAUAAGAGUGUUGAGCAUCGUGUUGUCGCUAAUAAGAAUGUGGAGAGGUUCUCAACUGCUUAUUUCUUCUGUCCAUCUUAUGAAACAAUGAUACAAAGUUGCUUUGAGAAUUCAGUUUAUAGAGAAUUUAGUUUUGGAGAAUUCAGAGAACAGGUUCAAGAAGAUGUCAAGAUACAUGGUUACAAAAUAGGGCUUCCCAGGUUUAUCAUUUAAACCAAACAUAUAGACCUAAAACUCCAUACAUAUAUUCUAUCACCACUCUCUAAAACAUAUUUAGUAUAUGAUAUAUAAGUGUUAGAAAGAAUUAAUAGAUACUAGUUAAGAAUUAUAAAAAAUAAGCAUGGGUUAUGAAACUAAAAUUAAUAUAUCUUAGUUAAUUAUGUCACCAAAAUGUAUGUCUGCCAAAUGCAAGUUCCUUUCAACAUAAAAAGGGUGAAACAAUGAAUAAAAUCAUAAGAAGACUCAUCACAAAUCGUGGUACCUUCAUGAAAAAUCAAUGGAGAAGAUGAACAAUCUUAAAAACUUGGUCGCUUGUGAUGCUAUUGAAAAAUAAUUUGUGAGGAAUAGGAAAUGAUCAUCAUCAAUAGCAUCGCUAGAUCCAUGAUGCAUGUAAUAUAUGGAAAAUAAAAUUGUCUACUAGUUUAUCCUAAUAUUUCAUCCUCCUCCCUUUUAAUCUUACAUAUUUGAUGAUUGACAUUUGUCAUGUACUAUUUAUCUUAUCUUAUAUAUAAUCCUUUGAUUGUAAUACUUGUCAUAAUCCAAUGAGUAGAAUGAUAAAUAGAAAUAUUUAGUAGAAGGAUAUCGAACCUUUCAUAAUGUAUUCACACUAUUAAAUAUUGUUUUUGUUGUAUUUAUUCCUAUUCUACUUGGCAAGCCGUAGAAUAGCCAUGUAGAACUAGUAAUAAUUUUCAAAGCGGAUCUUAGAAUCUUUUUAUUGUGUAAAACGUAUUCAAAAAUUACUUAUGCUUCCUUUUCAUGUAUAUAUUUUUUAUUAUUAGGCUUAUGUGUACUUAGGAUGGAAUAAGAACAUGAAAUGUGUCUCUUAAUUGCAAUUAUAAAUAUUAAGAUGAAUUAGGGAAUCCAUCCUUGAGUUUUAUGUUAAAGGGUCGUACGUUUGAAAAGUAUUUACAAAAGUAUAAAGUUCAUUAAUUAUUUCUAAAAACCUAGUGAAACAACAUUGUUUAGAAAUAUGAACCAUGUGUUUUAUUACAAAAGGAAGAAACAAAUAGAUUCAAUUUUUUCUGGUGACCAUCUUCACCAUGGUUUACACUCCAGAAUUGACAUUCUCAUUUCCUUGCCGAAAAUUUAGUUGUUUUUGCUACUUAUUUUAUGAAAAGGGGUUGUGGCAGAUGGUUAUGUUAGUAGUGCAAAGGGCCAUUAAUACAAGUUUUCAUUAAGAACAUCAUGGUUUAGUGCUUCUAUACCCUUAUAAUUAUUAGUUUCAUUUAUUUAUUAUGCCAUUUAUCUACUUAUCCUAUUAUUGAUGUAUGUAAUGUGUAACUUUUCUUAUUUAUUAAAGGCUUACAUAUUUCCUCUUGUGGGACAUAUAGAUUUAAUCCACUCAUUGUAUCAUAUGCCUAGUGUCGAUUCUCUUUUCCUCUGAUUUUUCUUUUCCCCUUUUGUCUCGUUUCUUCUUCUUGUUCCAUGAUUCUUUUUCACCAUGUCUACCUCCUCUGAUAAAUCAUUGUCAAUGAAUAUGAUCUUAGGCAUGAUAACAAUCAAGCUCUCAUCUUCCAAUUAUUUUAUCUUGUAUGGAAGAAUCAAAUGCUACCCCUAUUUUUUUUAUCAAAACCUUCUGCCUCAUAUUGAUGGAUCUAUCUAUGCUCCUGCAUCAGAAGUCCUCGUUGAUGGCAAACAAGUAGUCAAUACCCUUUACGGUCAUUGUUGACCAACAUGGUGAUAUUCAUACUACACCCAUCGUUAACCGAAGAAACUAUUACAUAAAUCACCGGCUUUCCCACUACUCUCCAAAUAUGGUUGAAUCUUGAAUCUGCUUAAAAUAAUUCCUCAAUGGAGCAUAUUCAAAACCUGUGAGACAAACUACGUCAAAUUUCCAAUGGAUCCAUGUUGGUCUCAUAAUUUAGCCGAAAAUUUAAGGGAGUAUGCAAUCAACUCACUGCCGUUGAGUAACCGGUUGAUGAUUCUUAUAAGCUGUUGAAUUAAGUGUCUAAUCCCAUAACUAUAAUUGGUAUAUACUUGAAUUGAUAGUGACAUUCUCCUUUUGGGUUGCCUUCACACUUGCAACUAGACAGGAUGACUAAUUGAGGAA